AUGGCAAUGUCGAAGGCAGGCAGCCAGUGGAAGACAGCGCUGGUUGCUACUCUGCUUGCAUGUGCCAAUGCUGCACCAUCUGUAAACGUAGCCUUGAGGACCUCGUUCGAUGCUCCCCCUUAUCUGAUCGAACUGCUGGAGACAGCUGCCGAGGAAAACGCGACCUCAUACUUCCCACUACUCGAUCGCAUCGCCGACGGUUAUUUCGAUUCCUCGAAGACAGAGCAAGAGUUAUAUAAAAGCUUCCGGUCACUAUUGCAAAAAGACGGACAUUUGAGCAAUGAGGACUUGUCAUCAUUUGACUAUGCGUUAUCAAUCCAUUCGGCAGCACCUCGAAUAGAGGGGCAUUACCAAUACUACAACACUUCCAUUUUGCCAUCACUCGGCAACGAGGCAGCGGAAGGAUGCGAGACAUGGGUUUACGUUCCGUUCAGUGGUCAGAGAUACUGCUCUCCAGAGCUGAAUGAGGCUUCAGCACAGGCACUUGGCAGUGCUGGCGAGGUUCUUCAACAACUACCUUUUGAUAGAGUUCUUGGAGAUGCUUCGAGCGAUCGUCCAGCCGUCUUAUACGCAGACUUGGAAGCUGAAUCAUUCCGCAAGUUUCACAAGACUCUGAGCAAGACAGCAAAAGAUGGCAAGACGUCAUAUCGGGUUCGCUAUCGAGCUCCCUCAGGCGAACGCAAGCCAUUGACUGUCAGCGGAUAUGGCAUUGAGCUGGCAUUGAAGAGAACAGACUACAUUGUCAUUGAUGAUCGACAAGCCGAGGAAGAGCAGAAAGAUGCAGCAAGCACCGGCGACGGUACUCUCAGCGAAGAAGAGGUGUCUGACUUGCGACCACUUUCGUCUUCCGAGUUGAGACGAUUGGGCGUAAAAGCCGCCAGCUUCGUCAUGAACAGCGACUCUCCAUUCGACACUCUUUUGCGGUUAUCUCAGGAUUUCCCGAAGCAUUCGAGCUCUAUUGCCGUGACGAACGUCUCGGAAGACUUCGUCAUGGAGCAUGCGGACAACCGAGACGUGCUGCUUCCACCGGGCUACAACGUAAUUUGGAUAAAUGGUGUUCAGAUCAUGCCUCGCGACAUCGAUGCUUAUGCCCUGCUCGAGCACCUCAGACGAGAGCGCCGAAUGAUCAAUGGUGUGCGAGAAAUCGGACUAAGCGGAUCUGAAGCCGUUGACUUACUCUCUAACGAGGCCAUCACCGCGUCACAAGUGAGCGAUGAAGUCCAGCGCUACGACUGGCGGGAUGAAGCGGAAGGCGGCAAUAUCAUCAUCUGGAUGAAUGACAUCGAAAAGGACAAGCGAUACGCAGAAUGGCCUGAGACUGUGCAUGCUCUGUUGCAGCGUACUUUCCCUGGUCAACUUCCCCCAAUCCGCAAAGAGGUGCACAAUCUCGUAGUCCCAAUUGAUUUCGCGGACUACAAUGAUGUCGUACUGGUGACUGAAAGCCUGCGUAACUUUGUUCAGCGCAAAGUGCCGAUUCACUUCGGUCUGGUCCCCCGGCUCAAGACUCCUGCCAGUGUCGAGCAGACGAAGAUUGUCUACUACUUAAUUGACAGGUACGGCCUUGCGGCGGCGCUCGAAUACCUAGAGAACUCAGUGGAGACCGCUGGAAGGAAAUACUCCUCACCAGACGAGAAGCUAUUCCAAGCUGCUGUUCAAGUUCGCGACCUCAGGCUUGAAAAAGUUGCCUCCUCAUUCAAAGAAGUCUUGGAUGGUACCGAGACGGAACUGCGACUCAAAGGAGCUCAAGCAUACAUUGCCAGGAUUGGAAGCACCGAUACGACUCCGCCAGUCUUGAUUAACGGUGUUCCAGUCCCACGCUCAGAAGAAUGGCUGCAAGCGAUGAGCCAGCGAGUAAGCGUGGAUGUACGAAUGGUGCAGCAGGCUGUGUAUGAAGGCUCGCUGUCAGACGAUGACUAUCUGCCGAACUUGUUCCUCGAGAAGGCAAGCUUGAAGCGCAAUCCGCUUGUGGUACCAGAAGACGACAAAGAUGUUCGCCACGUCAAUCUCGGAGAGCUUCCACAGUUUGCAGACCUUCCCAGUUUGCCCAGCAAUAAGGACACAAUCGAACGUGAGCUCGUACAUUUGACAGUCGCUGCAGAUGUAGACAGCAAAGAAGGAUUUGAGCAGCUGAUGGAGGCUCUAUUGCUGCAGAGAGAACACGACAACGUCGAGGUCGCUUUCUUGCAUGUGCCCAAGUCCACGGAAUCGAAGACAAGACUUGGCUCAGACUACGAUAAAACAUCGGGAGAGGAGUUCUUGCGCACGCUUCUUGGAAACUAUGACAAGCUACUCGCUGAGAGUCAACCGGAGACACCUGAGGGCACAGUGACCUUGGUAGCGAGGAAGAAGAUCUACGAUACUAUGUACAAGGCUGGCUCCAUGGAGACCACAACCGAGAUCGACGAGCAGGUCCGUGGUGUUUGGUCACCUUUCAAGGAUAUCGUUUCCCAGAUUGGUGUGAAGCCUGGACAGAAAGCACUCAUCGUCAACGGACGCAUCGCUGGGCCCAUGUCAGACACUGCCGAUCUUGAGGUGUCGGAUCUGGAGGCUCUUCUCUCAUACGAAAGGAAGAAACGACAACUGCCAACUGCGUUGGCCAUCGAAGCACUUGGCUUGGGCGAGAGAGCAUCUACGCCAGUCGCCUUCGCUCGCAUAUCGAAUCUCAUCGCACUCUCAAUGGUAUCUGAUGUACCAGACGGCAUCUUCGAGGCUGCCCCGACCGUGAGGACUGAUAUCUUCAAGAAGUGGAAUUCGACACAGACGGCCAUUCAUAUCGGCGAUCGAAAGACAUCCACAAUUCAGAUCUACACCUCUAUUGACCCUGCCUCUGAAAUUGCGCAGAGAUGGAUUCCCAUCAUCAAGGUCUUGUCAGAACUAGAGGGCGUAUACACCUGCCUUUUCCUCAACCCCAAAGACCGGUUGGAGGAGAUCCCCAUCAAGCGAUUCUACAGGCAAGUGCUUAAUUCGAAGCCAUCGUUCGAGACCAAUGGCGCAUUGCAAGGCAAUGGCGCCCAGUUCAGCGGCCUACCUGCUGAUGCCUUGCUCAACAUGGGAAUGGACAUGCCUCCUUCGUGGCUUGUGGCUCCGAAAGAUACCAUCCACGACUUGGACAACAUCAAGCUCAGCGCUGUCAAGGCAGGCGCGAACAUUGACGCAGUCUACGAGCUCGAGCACAUUCUCAUAGAAGGUCACUCGAGAGAUGUGACUACUGGGCCUCCUCCACGUGGUGUCCAGCUUGUGCUAGGAACGGACGCCGACCCUCACUUUGCUGACACUAUUAUCAUGGCAAACCUUGGCUACUUCCAAUUCAAGGCGAAUCCAGGUCUGUACAAUCUCGCCCUCCAGAAAGGACGAAGCGAGGAGAUCUUCCAAAUCGACAGCGCUGGCACCAUGGGAUAUGCUGCUCAGCUGGGAGACCACGUCACCGAAAUUGCAUUGAUGAGCUUCAGAGGCUCUACACUCUACCCACGCCUGUCGCGAAAGCAGGGCAUGGAAGAUGAAGAUGUUCUGGAGCCAUCGAAGACUGCCCUGGAAUCGCUGGCUGACGGAGCUGAUAGUCUGCUGUCACAAGUCGGGCUCAAGUCAUCCUCAGCCAGCAAGUACCUCUCAAAGGCUGCCAAACUCGGCUCUGGCCUUUUGUCUGGUUCUGGCAAGACUGACCUUUCGGCAGACCGACACGCCGACAUCAACAUUUUCUCUGUUGCGUCAGGUCACUUGUACGAACGUAUGCUGAACAUCAUGAUGGUAUCCGUCAUGAAGCAUACAAAGCACAGCGUCAAAUUCUGGUUCAUCGAACAGUUCUUGUCGCCAUCUUUCAAGGACUUCUUGCCGGUGAUGGCUGAGGAGUACGGCUUCAAGUAUGAGAUGGUUACCUAUAAGUGGCCACAUUGGUUGCGAGGACAGAAGGAGAAGCAGCGAGAGAUCUGGGGAUACAAGAUCUUGUUUCUCGACGUUCUGUUUCCACUGGAUCUUGACAAGGUCAUUUUCGUGGAUGCUGAUCAAAUUGUCCGCACAGACAUGCACGAGCUGGUCCAGCAUGAUCUCAAGGGUGCUCCGUAUGGCUUCACACCAAUGUGCGACUCCCGCACAGAGAUGGAGGGUUUCCGAUUCUGGAAGCAAGGAUACUGGAAGAACUUCCUCAAAGGACUGCCAUACCACAUUUCCGCGCUCUACGUCGUGGAUUUGAAGCGCUUCCGCCAAAUGGCAGCUGGUGAUCGACUGCGCCAGAACUACCAUCAGCUCUCAGCUGAUCCAAACAGUCUGAGCAAUCUGGAUCAGGACUUGCCGAACCACAUGCAAGCGCUGCUCCCCAUUCACAGCUUACCGCAGGAGUGGCUGUGGUGUGAGACGUGGUGUUCAGACGAGAGUCUCAAAGAUGCAAAGACGAUCGACCUCUGCAACAACCCCCAGACUAAGGAGCCUAAGCUGGAUAGAGCGAGGAGACAGGUGCCUGAGUGGACGGAGUACGACAAUGAGAUCGCGGCUGUGACCAAGCGAUACAAGGAGAAGCAAGCUGGUGUGGAAAAGGAGGCCGAAGCUGGUCUUCCUGAUGCUCAUAGCGGCGAUGAGGAGAGUAUACAGGAGCGACUUCAACGGGAAGAUGCUGAGCGUGAGCGCAAGAAGAAGGAGCAUGUACGAGAUGAGCUAUAG